GAUGGUUUUGGUGAUGUUGUGAAUGAAGCUUUUGGAGCACUACAAAAUUAAUAUUUAAUUUUGGGAGUAUUUUAGUGGAGGUUUUUGAAAACCUCUACAAUAUAUUUUAUUCAUGGCAAUUUAAAAAACCUCCACUAAUAAUUAAUUCAUUAAAAUAUAAAAUUCUCCCCCAAAACAAUUUUUUCUUUUUGUGGAGAUGCGAGGCUGGUUAGUGGAGAAGAGAACGGCGAUGAAACCCUAAACUCUCUACCGCCAUUUUCGCCGCCGUUUCCGCUUUCAUUUUCGCCAACGGCGCCAUUACCACUGUUGUGUCCGUUGCAGUAGUAGAGAGCUUCUAGAUCGAGCCACCUAUCUUAUGAAUGCAUUUUCAGAUCUGUCUCUUUAUACUGACGUUGCUGUCACUGUUGCCACCGCAGAUUCUGCCGCCGUUGCCGUCGCAGUAUAUACCGUUGAUGCUACCAUAGUUGUCGUGGUACAACGCAUUUUCAAAUCUGUUUACUCCUGAGCUUCUUCUUCAACGCUGCUUUCUCUCACUCUAAUUUUUCCUUUAAACUACCACUGGCUAAGAGAGAAAACACGCAUUGUGUGGUUGUGUUCUUUUAUUUUACCAUGAAGAAGAGCAAAUCAUCUGAUAAAUGCCCUGAUGGCCAAACAUUGGGAACUUAUGGUUCAGCAACUGUUGGAUUGAUUCUGAUUUUUUCUGUGCCUCCCAGGUCAGUUUUGAGUAUCUCAUUUCAGGUAUACAUUAAUGACCAUGGCCUUGUGAAAAAGUAUAGGGAUCUUCAAACUCAUAGACACAUACCAUACAGGGAAAACAAGAAUCUUACCGGUACAGCAUGCUAUGCAAGUGUCAACACUCAUCUUGGAAUUGAACAAAGCAGAAGGGAUGAUCUGGAAUCUCUUGGCUAUGUGCUCAUGUACUUCUUAAGGGGAAGUGAUGCCAGCAAUGUAUGAAUAUGGGAGUAGUAGUGAACCAUCAUUCUCAACUGCUACUCAGGAUUCUUCUGCUGAUGAUGAUUUCUCAACCGGGUAUCUUCAGGAUGUUUUCCUUGAAUUCGGGGAUCAUUCCAAAUGUAGGCGCUUGCUGCCAAAUGCUGACAAUCAUCAUGAUCAACAAUAUUCCAAGACUAGUAGUAGUGAUCUUGAAAAGAGCUUGUGGAACUUGAACCCCACAUUCUGCAUGAACCAGAAUAUAGAAAGCAUUUUUGGACUUUCAGAUGAGGACAUAAUAAGCACAUUUUGGAGCAGAAUAAUGAGAGAGGAAGCAAAGAUUCUUGUAGAAGAAGAGACAACAACAACAACUACUAAUACCAUAUUAUCAGGGGAAAUGGAAUUCAUGUACAAAAGAUUGGAGCAUGAAGCAGAAGAAAAGGUACAAGCCCUGAAGGAGAUUAGAGAGACAGUGAAUCACGGGAAUCAUAUAGAUGGCAGUGUGAAAUUGAUUGGUACUUCAUUAUUUAGCUAGCUUUAGAUUCAGCACUCAUUCCAUGGUUAGUACCACCAUUGACAAUACAUUUGGUUUUUGUAGAGCAAUUAGUAAUUGACUCUCUAAUUGAUGUCACUACAGUAGAAGGAUAACUUAAUAUUAAUGAUAUUUAAGCAUGGUAAGAAGUGUAUUAUUUUAGUGAUUACUAGUUUACAGAGGUUUACUAGUUUACACCUUUUGAAAGUUUUUUUUCUGUAUCUUUUAUGAGAAUUGUUAUUCAUUUAUGGGUAGCAGGCUGUUAAUCUGU